AUGCUCAAAGUCAGCGGUCUUUCUGUAGUCUCUCGUAGAAGUUAUGGGUUGUGGGGUUUCACGCAUCCUAGAGAAGGGCCAGGUGUUAGACUAUUUCACAAAACACUGCUCAUACUUGGGGCACCAGUUGGAAUUUUAGCAGUUCAUUUUGCCUUUAAAAAUGAGCAUCACCAUGAAGAAGAAAUGAAAGAAAAUAAGCCAUUUAUUUCUGUUUACCCUAGAGAGAUAAGGAAGCUACAUUGGGGUGAUGGUAAAACUUACUUUACGGAUCACUUUUCGAAAACUAUAAACUAUACACCGCGCGCCACAUCUCCAAUUCCUAAGUCAGCAGAUUAG